AUGGAAGACUCAUCACCAUUGGCGGCCAUUCGCCGUCCCACACACCUCUUUGGCGACCGGCUCGGCGGCUAUAGGACAAACAUCGGCCACUACUCUCCGGAUAGCAAACCUAGGGCCUUCAACCUGCGAGAGCAAUUGGGCAUCCACAACUCAAAGAAGGCUUACCUUCAAGAUGAUUUCAGUCGGGGUUCAUCGCCGAGCAUCUGCCUUGCAGCUGACUUGGGCCAGAACUUCCGUAUUGACCAGGACAGCAGCCCGAAGUUCCCGACGCCGAGGAGAGCUCUCUUCACGUCAACAAACAUGAGCGAUAUGGGCAUGCGUGACUGCACAUCGGCACCGCCGCUCAUGUCGUCCCCGACACCUGGUGGUCUGAUGGAGAUGAUGGAUAUCUCGCCCCUCCCACACAAGCUGCCUGCCACAUCCUCGUUGAUCUGUGAAUCACAGGUAGAGUCUCCAGUACUCAUGGACGACACGGAGAGCAAUGCUUCAUCAGAAAAGAGCGAGCAUGAGUCCACUGAGCCCUCGCUUCCUCAACCCACACCAGCAGAACUUCCGAGGCCACUGGCUGUUGAGCGUCGCAGGAUUGCGCUGAGGAGGCCCUCCCUCACCCGAGCCAAGGGUUACUCUACCAGUGCCCUAUUGACUCGUGGUCAGCCCGACAACCAACUUCCUCCUUUCCGUUUUGGUGGCAACCCAAGCUUAUCCAGGGAAAGCUCAUCACUCAGCUUGAGCGAAUGCUUCCAGAAUUCUCCCACUCCGGAGAAGAGGCCGUCGACCGCCAACAGCCCGAUUGCCAACGUGCCAGGACCGCUCCGCGUGCGUACUCAGUUUUCUAGCCUCAGUGGUGCCAGCGCAUCUCGCACAGGAUCGCCCAUAUCAAGCCAUUCGCGGCGGCCCUCGAACCCGUUCAUGCGGCCACGUAAGCAGUACCGCCGCUCGUUAAGCAUGUUCGAGAACUCGGGGGAGGUUAUGAAGCCCAAGCAGGAGGAGCCACCAGCAGCCCCUGCUCUCUCGUCUGUUAUGGAUAUUGAGGAGCCGGCGGAGCCCAUACUGCCCCAUUUCUUCCCCGAAGGAGAGAGCGACAACAUCCCUCGCAUAAAACGCCAGACGUUGUUGGACGUUCUCGAUGGACAGUACAACGAGCGAUAUGACAACAAGCUCAUCAUCGACUGCCGCUUCGAGUACGAGUACGAUGGUGGCCACAUCGACGGUGCCAUUAACUACAAUGACAAGGACCUUCUUGUUACCCACCUGCUCCGAACCCCGAUGGAAGGCCGUACCCUCAUCGUCUUCCACUGCGAGUACUCUGCUCACCGUGCCCCGCUGAUGGCUCGUCACGUGCGCGCCGAGGACCGCAGCGCCAAUGCCGAACACUAUCCCCGCCUCACAUACCCCGAGAUCUACAUCCUCGAGGGCGGCUACAGUGGGUUCUUCGAGGAGCACCGGGACAGGUGUUAUCCCCAGGCCUACGUUGAGAUGGACGCCGCCGAGCACGCCUUCACAUGUGAGCGUGAGAUGGGUCGCCUGCGCCAGAACCGCAAGGGGCUCUCACGCGCCGCAACCUAUGCAUUCGGCACCGGCAUUCAAGAUUCGCCUACCGCCCCAGGACGCUCCACCUGCCAGGAUUCACCAAUGUCGAUGCUUGGUGCCUCCCCUAUCCUUGGCAGUGAUCGAUUCCAUGGUAGGAGAAUGGCAUCGUACUGA